AUGUCCAAUGAAGCGGCCAAUAAACGGAGGAAGGUUUCUACGUCGUUUUCAGGGAUAUGGUCGUUGCCAGACGCGGUGGCUUUGACCAUCCUGUCCCAGGUCUCGAGAUUUGACCGUGGUGCCUUGCCUGUCGCCUGCAAGAGCCACCGCUAUCUCCUAGCUUCCCCUGAGCUCCGCGGCUUGACAUCCAUCCAAGAAAACCUCUACGUAUGCUUGCUCUUCUUUCCUGACCCAAACCCACACUGGUUCAUCCUCAACACCACGCUGCGUCGGCUAUGCUCGAUCCCUUCAAACCCUAAUCCGGCUCAAGAAUCAUCAUCCUCUUACGUGGUGGUGGGUCAGGGCAUCUAUGUACUCGGUGGUCUCAUAAACGACGAACGCUCUUCGGACGUUUGGUUCCUCGACUGUUUCUCUCACAAGUGGAGCCGCGUCGCGUCCAUGAAGAUGCCUCGUGCAUCCGCACAGGCGAACAUUUUCGAGGGGAAGAUUUACGUGUUUGGAGGGUGCGGAGAGGUCCAUAACUACUCAAACUGGUCAGAGGUAUUCGAUCCAGAGACCCAAACUUGGAGUGACUGGACUGUUCCCGUGCUGCCACACAGAUACAAUAUCCACCAUAGUGUGGUAAUAGAGGAGGAGAAGAAGUUUCUCGCUGUAGAUGAGAAACAUCAAUGCAUGUACUUAUUUCCUGUAAAAUCCAUGUUUUGGGACAUGGGACCACCACGCAGAGGUUUUGAGCCAGGGGACAGAAACGAUUUGUGUUAUAUAGGGGAGAUUUUAUACUGCCGUGCUAGUCACGGAAGAGUGAUGUGGUGUGACCUAGAGGAGUUUGAGUGGAAAGAAGUCAAGGGUUUGGAAGAUCUGCUGCAACCGAGAGAAGAGCUUUGUACUAUUAAACAAUGCACGAUCAUGCCCUGUCAGGUCGAGUGUUAUGAUAUCCUCAGGCUCGGUAGAAACUCUGUUGGCAACAUUGUCAUAUUUUGGAACGAUAGUGAGCGUUUUGAGCUUUGGUCUGCCGAGAUAUCCGUUGAGAAACGUGAAGGAUCCGAGGUUUGGGGGAAGAUUGAAUGGUCUCAUCCUGUCUUUGAACUUGAGUUUCUCUCAGAGGUUGAGGUCUUAUUUUCUGCUUCUGUGCUUGCUUGA